UUCUCUUACCUGUCCCUCAACCUCAACACUCUAUUAAUUCCAUCACUCCCCACCAUUCUCAAACCCAAAAAAACAGAGCACACACAAACAAACUCUGAAACUCUAACCAACCAUCCAACAAUGGCAUCAUUCAAACCCAAAACUCUCACCACACUGGCUCAACAAAACACCCUAGAGUCCAGCUUCGUCCGUGACGAAGACGAGCGCCCUAAGGUCGCUUACAACAAUUUCAGCAAUGAGAUCCCGGUCAUUUCCCUCGCCGGAAUUGACGAGGUCGAUGACCGGAGAUCUGAGAUUUGUAACAAGAUUGUUGAGGCUUGUGAGAAUUGGGGUAUUUUUCAGGUUGUUGAUCAUGGGGUCGACACUGAAUUGGUUUCCCACAUGACCACUCUUGCUAAAGAGUUCUUCGCUCUUCCACCGGAGGAGAAGCUUCGGUUUGACAUGACCGGUGGCAAAAAGGGCGGUUUCAUCGUCUCCAGCCACCUCCAAGGAGAAUCAGUGCAGGAUUGGAGAGAGAUAGUGACAUACUUUUCAUAUCCAAUCAGGAAUAGGGACUACUCACGGUGGCCGGACACCCCAGCAGGGUGGAAGGCGGUGACGGAGGAGUACAGCGAGAAGCUGAUGGGUUUAGCAUGCAAGCUGUUGGAGGUAUUGUCUGAGGCAAUGGGGUUAGAGAAAGAGGCUCUAACAAAGGCGUGUGUGGAUAUGGACCAGAAGGUUGUGGUGAAUUAUUACCCAAAAUGUCCUCAACCUGACCUCACUCUUGGGCUGAAGCGACACACUGAUCCUGGCACCAUUACUCUGCUGCUUCAGGAUCAAGUGGGUGGGCUUCAAGCUACUAGGGAUAAUGGGAAGACAUGGAUCACUGUGCAGCCUGUUGAAGGAGCUUUUGUUGUCAAUCUUGGUGACCAUGGUCAUUAUCUGAGCAAUGGAAGGUUCAAGAACGCUGAUCACCAAGCAGUGGUGAACUCAAACUCAAGCCGUUUAUCAAUCGCCACAUUCCAGAACCCGGCACCAGAUGCAACUGUAUACCCUUUGAAGGUUCGAGAGGGAGAGAAGUCAGUAAUGGAAGAACCAAUCACAUUUGCUGAAAUGUACAGGAGGAAGAUGAGCAAGGACAUUGAGCUUGCUCGGAUGAAGAAGCUGGCUAAGGAGAAGAAACUGCAGGAUUUGGAGAAGGCCAAACUCGAACCCAAAGCCAUGAAUGAGAUCUUUGCUUAAGCCAAACUCGACCCCUACUAUUGGUGUUAUUUUUUCAUUUGUGUAGGGUCAAUAGUUAAUCUUUAUAAAAGCUUUUAUGUUUGUGGCUUUGCAUUGAAUGAUGUUAAGCUUUGUCCUCGUGGACCGGCGUUGUUCAUUUAUUUGCCUAUGAACUAGAUCCUACGAGGUCUUUGUAGUGAACCUAUAUUUAAAUGAAAAUAAGACCCCAUUUCCUUA